AUGCAAAACAGUACGAAUGCCGUCGGCGCUAAGACGCAGGAUAACCGAUCAAACGAUGUACUGAGAGAUAAGCUAGCUGAAGGAAACAACAACACGCCAAUCGAGAACCAGAACAGCUUCCAGACGAAUCCCUCUGAUGCUGAUAAAAACGAUGGCAAGCACCAUACCGGUCGAGGUGAACGGCAGACAGACGAUAAAACCGCAGCUUGUAGCUUCGAAACACCGACGACGAAUAGAACGGUAUUCGGGUUACGAAAGUGCUCGACAAAGAUCUUUGGCCUAUCGCCCGUUUCGGAAAUUUCUGCCGCAUUGCAAGAAUCUGGGCUGGACACACCGCGGAUAGUACGCCACGACAAAACGCGACCGAUCUGUUUGAGAAAAGAAGGCAAAUUUCAGCGAGUACCAGGCGAAGAAAAUAACGUGACGCCGUCUGCAAAAUGUGCUUCCCGCCUAGAGCAGCUUCCGAAUGGUGACGACCGUUAUCAAAAUCAUGCCAAUGUCGGCGGCAACACCAAAGACGACGAAGGCUCCAACCAGUGGCUACAGCAGCAUGAAGACGGUGAACCAUUGGACCACAGACGCGUCACGAUAAACUCCGUCGGACGUUCGCCAGCAAGCAGACGGGCGGAACAGCGUCAGCGCAGUCUCCAGUUCCGGCAGCAUGGCGUGCCCACGCGCAUGAUCUACGACGAUAGCUGCAAACUGUUGGCAUCACCCGGCAAGGAAAACGUGUCGAUGGAGGAGCUAUCGUUCUACCAGAGUCACAGCCCGCAGCAGAGUCCACGGCCCUGCAGUCCGUGCUCGCUCUGUCCGGAAGAUGGCGAGCUGCUACCGUCGGAGAACAACACCCCCAGCAAACAUGUGACGAUACCGAUCGUGAACAAAAAUGGCACCGGUCCGAUCGUUGCUGGUAAGCUGACGGCCGUACCGGGCGGGUUCGGUUAUCGGCCGCGCCGCCCGCUGGACGAUCACGAUCCAAACUCGAUGGACUCCGGGUAUGGGGCGAGUGUGCUGAACGAUGCGCUGAUGAACUCGCUGCACAGCACUAGCGGUAGUACCGGCACCGUGAUGGCUGCCACGAAAACGCACUCCAUGUUCCAUUUCAACCAGUCGUCUACGGCGUCCCUAUUGCGGCACUGUUCCGGAUCGCCCGCGAGUACGCGUGGUCGGUUGCUACUGCACAGCAGCCUAUCGUCCGGCUCGAUGGAAUCGAUGGACGACAUGGAGCUGUUCGAUAUGGAAGCGAUGGACGAUGAGGACAUUGAGGACAAGUUGCAAUCCUGCCACCAGUCGCAGCAACCAAGCGGACUGAGCUCGCUCAUCUGCGGUACGAUCAAGACGACGCGCACGGCAACGACACCGGAACAGCAGAAACGUCCGUUCGUGCGGCGGUGUUUGAGUCUCACGGAAAAUACGAACAACAACGUGAACGUGCAGCAACAGCAGCAGCACGUUAUCGCCCAGCUGAAGACACCGGAGCGUUACGCGCGUCGUAUGAUCGCUAUCGAGGAUCAGGAGAACUGCAAUCUAACGCCGUACUCGUCCAGAACGGCGUCCGUUGCUACGGCGGAGGUAACGCGCUGCUUUAAGCGACCCGAACCACCGGGCGUUAGCCCGAUACAGAGCAAACGCAGCAAAACCCAGAUGGACGUGAUGGCACUAGCGACAGUGACGGUACCGGCCGUAAACGCGCUAGACAGUCCGGCACGUACGACCGUGCUGGCGGCGGUACCGAAGAAAACCGUCUACCAGAAGUCAAUCUCCAUGAACGAUGCGCAGAUCAUGAGCGCGCUAUCGCGAUCAUCGUCCGAACCGGAUCUGAUUGGGGAUUUUAGCAAAUCGUACGUGCUGCCACUGAUGGAAGGACAGCAUCGGGAUCUGAAGUCGAUCUCGGGUGAUACAAUGGCGCGGCUGGUACGGGGUGAUUAUAACGAUAAGAUCGCCAGCGUGAAAAUCAUUGACUGCCGGUAUCCGUACGAGUUCGAGGGUGGUCACAUCCGGGGUGCCAAGAAUCUGUACACCCAGGAGCAGAUCGUCGAUGAGCUGAUCAAGUCGAAGACGGAAACGCCAAAGGUUACCAGCGGCCAGGAUGGUGCUGCGAUGCGUCGCCACAUCAUUGUGUUUCAUUGCGAGUUCUCGUCCGAACGUGGACCCAAAUUAUCACGCUUCUUGCGCAAUCACGAUCGUAUCCUUAACGCCGACAGUUACCCCGCACUGCACUAUCCGGAGAUGUACCUGCUGCACGGUGGCUACAAGGAGUUUUUCAAGGCACAUGCCGAUCUUUGCGAUCCGAUUGCUUACCGACCGAUGCUGGAUCCGGAGUUUGGCGAAGCGUACCGCCAUUUCCGGGCCAAAUCGCGCAGCUGGAAUGGUGACGGCACCGGUACAGUUAAGGCCAGUGCCACGGCCGGUCCGCUCGCCGGUGGUCCAAACCGUCUAACAAAGUCACGGUCUAGAUUGGUGCUGUAACUGUCGAAAUGAGAACCCCCACACCCCCUCCCGUACGUUGCUACUGAGCUGUUCUGUAUGUGUUAUCCCAUGUUGGUUGGUGUCUCACAAUCUUCCUGACCAUCCCCUCAUCAACGCUCGCCAUGUAUAUACGUUAUGAAAUGUUUUUUUUGUUAUUCUAUUUUUAUACUUACGUUUAUCUUAGUUUAGUUUUGUUUUUUGUUUCAUAUAGAAAGCAGAACAUUCGACCAUUGUAGAGACAUUUUGUGCAUAUAUUUGGAAAAGUUUCAUUCGACCAACUGACUGUAAAGAAAAAAAAACCAUAACAAUUUUUUGUCAAUUAGCUACAAUUAACUAAAUUUUUUCGAACGCACCCAUAGGCAAUAGUAAUUUGAUUGUUCUGCUGUUAUAAAAAUGGAAACCAUACCGGCUAAUAAUACUGGACUGAACUUGAUUAGCGCGUCGCGCUUACAGUUCUGUUUUGCUUUUUUGAUGUCACGUUUUAUUUUUCAUAGUUUACGUUCUUUUCCUUUUUUUUUGUUUAAUUGUUAUUCAUGAUUUAUUAUCUGUGAUUUAGAAUGGCUUAUCUUUUCAAGUAUUCUUUUCAUAACAAAACGAAGAAAAAAAGAAAUACCCGAAAGGUUUGGCAGCGCGUGCUCAGCUGCGGGUGUGCACUACAAAUCUCAGUUUCAAUCAAUCGAAGAAGCGAGGUAUAGCGAUAGGGGAUUAUUUUAUGAACUAUUUCAGACAAAUUGCGUCUCAGUGGACUAAUGAUAAAUGUUGCACCAGCGUACAGUUGUAGAAGAUACGGAGAAGAGUUAGCAUAAACGAUUGGGGUAACAAAAGAAACGUGGUAGAAUGAGCACGAAAAAGCAAAGACAAGUGCAAAUUAGGUAAAAUCGAAAACGUGGAUGCGAUUGCAAGUGAUAAACAGCAGCACCGAUAAACAGAUGGAUUCAAGCUUCGAUUUCUGAACAUGAGCGUUUUCCACUAGGGAGCGGGAAGGCUUUUCUGUACAAACGUCACAGACUGUCCAAGACAGAUAAUCUGGGUACGGAGGAAGCAAGUAUGCGCUAGUUUGCGAAUCAACACAGUUCAACACCUCAAAAUAGACCAGUCGACGUUCAAUGCGUUAAAUUGACUUAGUCGGGAAGAUCCAUUAACCGGUGAAUCGUGGUGGUUCUGGCUGGCUGCUGAAUCCCUCUCUAUCCAUCCUCCCAAUUCACACAAGAAAACACGAAGAGUGCAAAUUUUUAGAUAGUUAGAUCUUGUAACCAAAUUGUAAAAAAACGCGUAGAUAACUUUACUAUAAGCGCGCUACGGAGGAAUGCGAUGUGACAGUAAAAUGUGCAACAAUCAACGAUAGCAAAAUACCCUUAUUAGCGUGUAAGUUUAAAGUAUGCAAAAUUAUAAUGAGUUAAAAAUACAAUCAAAUCGCAUAAGAAGAGAGAGCAUAAAAACUGAACGAUUUUUUGUUUGUCGGAAGGGCAACGAGUGUGAAAUGUGUGUACCGGGUUCCUUCCCGUACUGGUUCCCGUGUUUAUCAAUAUAGACUGACCUACGAUUGCACAGCUUCGUUACUGUGCAAGAUUUCACUGUUGUAAAUAGAAGGAGCAGAUGUAUCUAUCUAUUCUUCGGCGGACUGAAAAUAGAACUGAACCAACAUGGAUUGAGACUAGAUUGAAU